UACUGCUUGGUUGGUCCCUGCACGCAAGUCUGUCCGUUUUGAACGAAUCCAUGCUCUCUUUUGGCCAGAAUACUUACAUAUGUAGGAGGCACAGCUUACAGAAAAGCCUGUAGCACCGACAGGGGCUCCACCCCGUACGUAUCUAAGAGCGUCGAGGUCUUUCAAUUCAGCGGAUUGGUUGCGCGGCGGCGAGGUGUGUAGGUGUGCGUACUGCAGUCCACAGCUUGCCUCUCGCACAUACACUCUGUGUCGAUCGCGAGGGGAGAAUGGAGCUCUAAGUACCGCUGUCACGUCUGACGUACCCCGAUGUCUGGGACAGCCGACCUCCGCUCCUGCAACCUGUUGCUGCUCCUGAUCGCCCUCAGCGCUCCCAGCCCGCUGGCAGCGGCGGAGCCGGAGUCGACGAUCCCUGAAGCCAGUGGGAUCCACCCUCCCACGGACGUGACUUGGACGUCAACAGACCUGAACCACUCACUAACAUGGCGGCCCGCAGAGGAUGCCGGGACGGCCACAACGUACACCGUGGAGUGCAGACUGCAAGGGGGGUUGGGUGCCUGGCAAACCGUCCUUGGCUGCGAGAACAUCACUGCGCAUUCCUGCUUGAUGAAUGACGCAACGGACUUCAUAGGAGGAUGGACGGCCCGUGUCAGUGCGCAUGACCAAGAACAGUCCUCGGGUUGGGCGGUCAGUCCCGACUUCAGACCGGCGAAAGACACGAUUCUAUCCACACCGCAUCUGGGUCUGGACAACAUGGAGGUCGGAACGGAUGAGGUCACGGUGACGUGUAAACUACCCAUAACCCCCUUCGAACCGAGCCAGCCAUGGUAUUUUUACAACGCCAGGUACACCCUGACGUGGUGGAAGGAAGGAGACAAUAACACGAACACGAUGACCGGCAAAGUCCUGGAAACAACCUUGACCGUGGAGGGCCUACAUCCGGGCACUUCCUACUGCCUGACAGCCAUGUGGUCCAUCCGGGUUCCUCCUGACAGGAACAGUGACGUCAGCAGGAUCGUCUGCGUCACAACCAAGGAGCGGAGUAAGACAGAUCACCUUAUUCACACCACCCAUGUUCCUUUGCUACACGGUCUUCGUGUCCCAUCUGAAGGACCGAGGAACAUCUCUCUCAAGCCGCUUCCCAUCAACUGCGUGUCCCCCUCCGUCCGUGACGUCAUCGUUUCCUGGGUGGAUAGUAACGAAGGAAAGCCCUAUGAAGUGAAGUCGUACGACGUGAAACUGAACGGUCAGGGCGAGGCAGGUCAUGACCCCGAAAGCGUGGCCAUGACCGUGAACGCCACUGAUAGGUCCGUGAGGGUCACGUGUCUGGGAGACGUGGAGGUUGAGGUGCGCGCGUGUAACACGGCCGGAUGUGGCCCGCCCACAAGAGGGGUCCUCAAGUUCUCCGGAGACGAACACAUCAAAUGUAAGAUCUGGACCUCCAUCGCCGUGCUGGUAGGGUGCUGCAUCGGACUCGCCCUACUCGUGGGGAUCAUCAUCUGCUGCAGGAAGACUCGCUUCCUCUCCAAGGAGCAGCGAGCAAAGAAAUCCAAACUCCCGAGCAUUUUGGAGGAGGUAGUGAAGGGAAGCGGGGACGGCUCCUAUUGGCCAGUGUCCGACAGGCCACGCCCAGAAGUCUAUGACGUCGUACCGACGCCCGACGAGAUCUCCAAGCUGACGGGUUCAGACACGUCAUCGGACGGGAGCAACAGCACCUCCGAGGAGGUCUUCACCCCCGAAACCCCGCCCUUCACAGAUGUGACGUUCCGCUCCGGGCAGCAGUCACCUCUCCUCCAACAGAAGUCGGCCUUGGACAGCCACCAACUGGCCAAAGAUGAGCGCCCUAAGCUGGUCUGGGACCUGACCAUGGGCAUCGGGCGACGGCCGCACUACGGCUCGUCCUCCACCUACGUGUCCUCCAUCACCGACACCACGUCCUACACGUCCGACCUCGACUCGCCGAAGCCGGAGAAGGCAACCAUCGUCAUCCCGUGGAGCGGCAACGGCAGCAGCGACAACAGCUACGUCUCUCAGUCCCAGCUAAACCGCCUACCGCCCGCCAGUACCACUGCCACUGCCGGUAACACUGGUACCAUCGGUACUCCCGGUACCGCUGCCACAUUCCUGCCAAAAGAACCCAACAGCAACCAGAGCAUCAGCGACCAAACUCCCAAGCAAGACUUCAGCAAGUAUUCCGGCCCCAAGUCCCCGUCAAAAAUGACGGCCGACCAGUUCCUUGCUUACUCCAAGAAGAUGCCAAAAUGUGCCCCUAAGAUCCUAUCAGAAGAAAUAAGUGACUAUGUGUCGGUCGGGUAGAGCAGGGUUAAUAUUCUUAAGUGACAUAUCAACUUGUGACCACCGUGUCAAAUUAUAGAUCUACCAUGAAAGAGAAAAAAGAAAAUAUAUUUUACUGCUUUGAGGUUGAAGAUGAAUGCUGCUUUGUAGUAAGAAAACAAGAAGGACAAUUGCAUCAAAAACGGGUAUUUGCUCAAGAAAUGGGAAUAUUCUUGGUAUUUGCAUUGGUUUGAGUAAGGACAUUACAUUGUUAUCAAAACCCUUGUCCUGCUAAGCCCAUAUGUAUAUGGGUUGCACAUACAGGAUGCCUGUAUCUCGUAUAUGCGGGCCCCGUAUAUAUACGGAUUUGGCAUAUUUCUCACCUCAGUGUGGCAUACCACAGCAAAUCUGCAGCUGCAGCACUGGAAAGGUGAAGUUGUAAUGUUCUGAUGAAGCCAUCAGCUCUGGGAAGUUAAAUUGGCCAAAAACAGCACCAGCAGGACAAGGGUUAAAUGAAACGGGUCAAAUGGGAAAGUGAAAACUGGGUUAUGUGCUAGAGUGAGCGACAUGUUUAUGAUCUGAAAAAGUCGCAUUGCAAUUUUAAAAAGUCGGCGUUGAGGUUUUCAGAUCGAUGGUACUAUGAUAUUUAUUGUUUUUCCUCUGUUCUUAGAAAGAUUUUUGAAAAGAUGUUUUCUGUG